AUGAAUAACGAGCAAUUUCGGCGCCUGCUUGCCGACCAGGCAUCUUCAAGGUCCAAGGAUCAAGGUGCAGCUCCCGGUGGCAAUGUAUCCACCGGUGGCGCAACCCCGGGUAGGGCACUUGGAUCGCGAAUCCGGCCCAGCAUCCAAAUGACGCCACGCUCCGUGUCAAAUGUGGACUUUCAGCAACAGCUCGCAGACAAAAACCGUGAAGCUGAGGGCCGACCCUCCAAGCGAUUCAGGUCAUCUGCAGCACCCAAAGGCAGUGUAUUGCCGACCAAUUACCAGGAUCGCGCGAAGUUGAGGAACUCACAGAGCGAUGACGCAAAGAGUAGGGAACUCGAGACGCAGAUUAAGGCGCUGGCCGCCAUGGUCACCUCGAAAGAGAUUACUCAAGAUGAAUUCGACAGACGGGUUGACGCCCUAGGAGUAGGAGGUGAUCUAGAAAGCACUCAUAUGGUGAAAGGACUCGACAUGAAACUUGUGCAAAGGAUCAGAGCCGGAGAAGAUGUGUCACAACCGGCCGAACACCCCGAACCGCCCCCUCAGGAAGAAGAUGCAGACGAGGCAUUCGAGCACUUGACAAAAGAGGACCAGAAGAACUGGCUUGAAGAGCUAGCUGCUGCUCCGAAGCAACACAAAGAAAAGAAACAAGGGAUUAUGCCACCACCGGCUGCAAAGCCAAAGAGUCGCAAUGACUACCUGAAGGAAAUGUUGGAGGCAAGGCGCGCUACACCGAAGUCGAUACUUGGCACAAAGUUCAAGAAGUUGGGCGACGGAAAGCCCAAAACGGAGCGGUUCGAGGAGACGGACAAGAACGGACAAAUACGGGAGGUGAUUAUCAUCACUGAUGCAGAGGGAAACACCAAACGCAUGAGCAAGCUCAAGAAACCCAAUCCGCCAGUCCAAGAGCCUGCAUCUGCUGCUGGCGACCUGCUUAUGCCCGAUAAAAACGCUAAACCUCUGGGUAUGGAAGUUCCCACUGAGAUAUCCGCCCGUGCUGCCAUGCAAGCGGUACCCGAAGACGAGGAUGAAGAUAUCUUUGCCGGCGCUGGAGAUGAUUACAACCCUCUUGCCGGAAUUGAGGACGACGGCUCAUCAUCUGAUGAAGACGGCGAAGUGGUAGACUCGACUAUCCAAAAACCCAAGAAAGCUUCUGUCAGCGAAGAAGAGAACAAGCCUGUUGGCGAAAUAGCACCCGCUAAACCAAGAAACUACUUCGGAACUAGCACGACAGCAGAAGAGAAGCCCAAGAAAUUCCUAAAGCCAUUUGAAGAUCCUGCAAUCCUUGCAGCCCUAAAGCACGCUGCAGAUCUCGCGCCAAAGUCUACCUCGGGCGAGGGCAUUGACGGCCCAACUCUUCGACAGAAACAGUUUAUGGAGGAGGUUCGUCGACGUGACGCGAUGGACGCUGCCGAUAUGGACAUGGGCUUCGGAGGAAGUCGCAACGAAGACGGGGCCGAGGAAGAUCAGGGCCCUCUGCUUGACUUUGAUGAUGACAAACGAGGUGGGCAAAAGAGGAAGCGUGGUCCUAAGAAGAAGAAGGGUGACAAGAACAGUGCUUCAGAUGUUAUGCGUGUCGUUGAGGGCCGCAAGAAGGACGCCUCAUGA